AUGUGCAAGUCCAACUCACCCAGGCGCAUCUGCGGCAAGGAUGUAUCCAAGUACGUCGCUCGACGAGAUUCCGGAGUCAAGAGUCCCAAGAUCUUCUUCUGCCAUGACAUCCGCGGGGCCGUCCUCAUGGCCCUUCUCGAUCGCGCCGACAAGACCCCCUCUGGACCCCCCGACGACAAGCCCGACUUUGACAGACAGAUCCUCAAGAUGGGCGCUCACUACUGGCCCCUCAUCGCCAAGUGCAACAUCAAGCACCAAGGCGACGCGUACGACUCGCUCAUCAUCCCGGCCUUUCGAGAGCACGUCAAGUGGGUUCUACGCAAGGCUGUCAUCCACGGCGCUCUCGUCUCGACAUCUGAAGGGUGGAAGCGUACUCCAGGUGCUUGCUUCCUUGACGAGAAGGAAGCUGGAGAGUGGCUUCAGAUGAAACUUGACGACGUGAACAAGAACCACCCGGCGACCGUCGCUCAGCCCAAGGUCCCUGCCCAGUCAGAAUCUGACCAGACAAGGAUUCAUGUCCAGUCUGCUGCUGCUGCCAGACCUAGCACUCUCGCCUCUUCACGAUGGGCCAACAACGCGACAAUGCCCGACAUGAACAGACCGUCCCUCGAGGUCACAUGA